AUGCCUUCUUCCCCGAUCCCCAUUCCAGGCAGCCCUAAUGAGCGGGCAGUCGCCAUUUCUGCCUCACCAUCCUUCUCUUCACCACAACUGGGAGUAAAGCCACUUCAUCCAGUCGAAAGCGUCGAUCUCCGUCUUCUGCUUCUCGAAAACAUCAGCCAGGAGGCCGUCGCUGCAUUUCGCUCUCAAGGCUUCCAUGUAGACCACCACGCGAAGGCCAUGACUGAGGAAGAGCUCAUCGACAUUUUACCAUCCUACCAUGCAAUCGGUAUUCGUAGCAAGACCAAAAUCACUGCACGCGUCAUCAAAGCUGCUACCAGAUUGCUCGUUAUAGGAUGUUUCUGCAUUGGCACCAAUCAAGUCGACCUCCCCGCUGCAGCGCAAGCCGGAAUUCCUGUGUUCAACUCUCCGUUCUCCAAUUCUCGUUCGGUUGCUGAACUCGUGAUGGGAGAACUGGUUGCUCUCUCCAGACAACUCUUUGAACGCAGUUACGAGCUUCGCCAAGGAGUCUGGAAUAAGCAGUCCAAGGGCUGCUGGGAAGUACGCGGAAAAACACUGGGUAUUGUUGGUUACGGGCACAUUGGCUCACAGCUGUCGGUUCUGGCGGAAGCCUUUGGAAUGCGUGUCAUUUUCUAUGAUGUGCUAAACAUCAUGGCUCUUGGGUCAGCUCGGCAGGUUGAUUCUCUCGAAUCCCUUCUUUCCGAGGCCGACUUUGUCACCCUGCAUGUCCCAGAACUCCCAGAGACGAUCAAGAUGAUUUCUGAGCCCCAGCUCUCUCUGAUGAAGCAGGGAUCAUAUCUCAUCAACAACUCGCGUGGCAAGGUGGUCGACAUUCCUGCCUUGAUCGCUGCUGUCGAGUCUAAACAUCUUGCUGGUGCUGCUAUCGAUGUUUUCCCAGCAGAGCCUGGUGCUAAUGGCGCGCCAUUCGAUGACCAACUCAACACUUGGGCCAGCGUUCUUCGCACACUUCCAAAUGUUAUUCUCACCCCACAUAUCGGUGGCUCGACGGAGGAGGCGCAACGAUUAAUCGGGCAAGAGGUUUCCCAAGCUCUGAGUCGCUACCUCGAUUAUGGCUCUACGAUUGGCGCAGUCAACUUCCCAGAGGUCGACCUUCGUGCGCUCACUGCUGAGCAAGGCAACCAUAUCCGGGUCUGUCAUGUGCACAAAAAUCAACCUGGUGUUCUCCGACAGGUCAACGAAGUCCUUUCGCCAUAUAACGUCGAAAAGCAAUUCUCAGACUCCAAAGGCGACGUCGCGUACCUCAUGGCGGACAUCGCUGAUGUCAGUCUUGAAGAUAUCAGUCAGCUGCGCGAGUUGAUCAGUGGCACGAGCGCGAAUAUUUUGACUCGAUUCCUGGCUUAA